AUGAAGGCCGUUCUUGCGGUCCUGAUGGGAGUGGCUGCCCAGGCAGUCGCUCAGACAGCUACUACCUCCGAGCCCGCUGUGGCGGAUAUUCAUGCAGCUGCCGCAACUACCAAGCCGGAGGUCACCGUCUCCAAUGUUAAGGGUCUGGCUUUUGAUCGUUUCUAUCAGGUCUGGCUGGAGAACAUUGACUAUGACAAAGCUGCUGCGGAUACCAACAUGCAGUGGCUUGCUUCUCAGGGUAUUCUGUUGACCAACUACUAUGCUGUCACCCAUCCUUCUGAGCCCAACUACUGCGCUGCCGCUGGUGGUGACACGUUUGGAAUGGAUAACGACGACUUUAUUCAGGUCCCGGAGAACGUCUCCACCAUUGCUGAUGUGCUUGACACCAAGCACAUCUCGUGGGCUGAAUACCAGGAGCACAUUCCUUAUGCCGGCUUCCAGGGCUACAACUAUUCCAAUCAGGAAACCUACAAGAAUGACUAUGUUCGGAAGCACAACCCUUUGGUGCUGUAUGAUUCCGUUGUGGUCAACAACACUCGUGCACGGGCUAUCAAGAGCUUUGAAGACUUCGAAAAUGAUCUUCGGGACAAGAAACUUCCUCAGUGGGCGUUUAUCACUCCUAAUAUGACCAACGAUGCGCAUGACACCAGCAUCACUUUUGCUGCCAAGUGGGAGCGUCCUUGGGUGGCCAAAUUGCUCGAGAACGAGUACUUCUACAACAACACUCUUCUUCUUCUGACCUUCGAUGAAGAUGACACCUACACGGGCGACAACCGUGUCUUCAGUGUUCUCGUUGGUGGCGCCGUUCCUGAACACCUCAAGGGUACCAAGGAUGACACCUUCUACACUCACUACUCUAGCAUUGCCAGUGUCUCCGCCAACUGGGGUCUUCCUUCUCUGGGUCGCUGGGAUUGUGGUGCCAACAUCUUCGAGAUUGUCGCCAACAAGACUGGCUACGUCAACUACGAGGUCGACCCAACCCACCUCACGCUCAACCAGACCUACCCUGGUCCCUUGUCAAUUGGGGACAAGUCCACUGGUCAUACCUCCACUUUCACUCCCGAGUGGCCGGUUCCCAUCACUGAUAGCAAUGAAAAGUGCUCCGCCGGCCAUGGUAUCCUGGAUAUUGUCAAGAAAACCUAUGGACACCUGGAGCCGUCGUACGACACCAAGCCAUACCCCUGGAACGCCAAGACUCACUACAACGACAAGGUCACCGCCAAGCGGGCAAACGAGACUGACUCGAAUAGCAAGACCAACUCUACAGAGGAUGACUCUAGUCACAAAGGCACUGGCGUUUCUGCCAAGGCUCCCAUCUCUACUGUCGUGGUCGGAGUCCUGCUGGCAAUCGCUGCCUACAGCUUCUGA